UUUCUCACCAAAACCAAAAAUUAGCUGUGUAUUAAAAAUAAACACAUCAUGAUCCUGAACAAUCUCAUAUUUUUAUUUAUUUAAAUGGAUUUAUUUAUUUGUGAUUGAUUGUAAUUUAAUAGUAGAAUGACAUCUAACGUCUCCAAAGAAAGUGCACCAUCUUCACAGUUAUCCAAUGACUUGGAAUCAGAUAAACCUACUGAUGAAUGGAUAAACAAUUGGGGUUUUCCUUUGGAUCAACUGUUCAAAGCAGCAACCAAAUUUUUUAAAGAAAAUGAGGGUAAGGUUCUUCACCCAUCAUAUGAUGAACGUAAUCAAUUUUUAGCUCUGGUUUUGCUGGUUAAACAUGGACCUUUUGAUGUGUCUAAGGCUUCACCAUUAGGAGCCCUUGAUUUUGUUGGAAGAGAUCGAAGACAAGCUUGGACAGACCUAAAGGAUAUGAGCAAAGAAAAAGGAAUGAGCAGUUUUAUACAACUUCUUAAUACAUCAUGUCCAUCUUUUAAACCUUACAUCGAAGCGCAUAAACGAGAAAAGGAAGAAAGGGAAAAACAACGGAUAAAAGAAGAGGAAGAAGAAAAAAUUAAGAAGCAAAAAGAAGAGGAGGAAAAAAUCAAACAAGAAGAAUCCGAAGUCAAACGUCCAGAGGAAUAUUUUUUACAGGAAGAGCAAAGACGUGCCAUAAAAGAAGCUCUUAAAAAGCAAACAUAUGAACAGUUUAAAGAUUAUGCUGAGAAACAGUAUCCUAACGAUCUAGAGCAACAAGAUAUUUUAAUUAACAAACUUCAAGAGCAACACUACGAGCAAUAUAUGCAACAAAUAGUCCAACAGAGAUUAAUAAGUGAUUUGAUGAACGGUCGAUCAUCAACCUCCUCUCCUCCUUUAUCACAAAAUUUUGAAUCUCCUUUGUUGUCUAAAGAAGAUUCUCUCUCUUCUUAUCAGUCAACAACUGGUUAUACCGCUAAUUCGCCUUCCACGUCUUCUUCGCAAUCAGGAAUCUUGUCAACCUCGUCGUCUAGUGGAUUUCAUUCAUCACCAUCAUCUACUACAUCAGCAUAUUCAGCUUCGUCCAAUACUAUAAAAACAAAUAGCUUAUCUCAUAGUACUUUUCAAGAGGUGUCUGGUGACAGAUCGACAACUAUGAUUAGUACAAUAGACGAACAAAGUGCAGAUCAUCAUUCGUCUCAAGAAUUUAAUCAAAACCAAUCAAGUGACAAUAAUAAGAUCGAGAAAGCUAAAAAUGGUGAUGAUGCAUUUGAUGACGAUGAUGAUGAUGUUAGUGGUCCAGAAGAUUAUGAUUCUAUUGAAUCACCUCAAAUGUGGACAAAUAAAGAUAUUAAAGGUUUUAAAGAAGCUAUUCGUCAAAUUAAUGGAGAUGGUAUUAUUAAAGUUGGACAUGGGGAAAUUGUAACCGUUCGCGUUCCAACACAUCCAGAUGGAACAUGUAUAUUCUGGGAGUUUGCAACAGACACUUAUGAUAUUGGGUUUGGUUUAUUUUUUGAAUGGACCAAAAAUCCUGGGACUCAAGUUUCUGUUCACAUUUCUGAAUCAGAAGAUGAGGAUGAAGAAGAUGAAGAUGAAAUUAUUGGACCUGCAAUGGGAGAUAAUGUUUCGACGGACCCUGAAAAAGGUUCUCAUUCUAAGUGCAUUAAUUCUGAUGAAUUCCCUACUUCCAUGAUUGUACCUAUCUAUCGCAGAGAUUGUCAUGAUGAAGUUUAUGCUGGAAGUCACUCUUAUCCCGGGAAAGGUGCAUAUCACCUUAAAUUUGACAAUUCAUAUUCACUUUGGAGAUCCAAGACUCUCUACUACAGAGUAUAUUAUACCAAAUGAAUUUAACCGCCAUCAUUUUAGCAUGGAAAACAAAUUAUAUUUCAUUUACUAAUUUAAAUCAAUUUUCCAAAUUGUACUGAUCAUUAUUGGCAAACCAAAAUGGUUCAGGUUAAUUUCUAAAUUUAAAUCAAAUUCAAUUUAAAUAUGUUAAAAUUAAUAACUUCUGUAUCUAUUAUCUGAACGACAAAGUAUUUUGUUCGCAAGAAGCUUAUGAAUACUAACCAGUUAAAUAAAACUGUUGUUUUAA